CGUUGGUUUACUCAGCAGAAGAUGCCGUCGUGCGCUUUACGCUGUCGGAGUCGCUCUCUGCGGCUCUCUGGAGUGAUUACAGCGGGUGUUGAAACAGCGUAUUUGGGCAAAGUUGGAAAAAUAUGAGUUUUUUUUAAAGUAAAACAUAAGCACCAGAUAGAAGCAUAGUAGAAGUUACUGUGAAGACACGGUUUGUCACCUAAGAACAACCUCUAUGUGCCUUCACCUCCAUGUGAAUCCCAAGGAGUCUCAGGUUUUUCAUGGAACACUGCCUGGAAGUGCCAACAGCCAGGAAGUAACAGCCAUGGACGUUGCUCCCAUCCCUCCACCUUUGAUUCCCCCUCCACCGCCCCCUCCUCCUCCACCUCCACCACCUCCUGCUCAGGGCACCUCCAUCAGCCGGCGCGGCUCUGUGCAAAAGCAGAGGCUUCGCAACCUGAACUGGGAGCGUAUUCCUAAGGAGCGGGUGGAAGGUCGUAAGAGCGUGUGGAGUGGCGCACUGACCGCUGGCGAAGACGAUGACUUUUCCAUUGACCUACGCUCUCUGGAUGAGCUGUUUGGUCAGAAGGAGGCACGUAAAACAGAGAGAAGCGACAGUUACAGCCACAACCUGCGCCGCUGCAGGUCCCCACAGAAAACAGGCAGUGAGAAGGUUUCUCUGCUCGAUCCAAAGCGCAGCAUGAAUGUUGGGAUCUUCCUACGCCAGUUCAAAACCGCAGCAAAGGAGAUUGUGGAGGAUGUGAGGCAGGGGGCCGGGGAGCGUUACGGGGCAGAGAAACUGGCCGAGCUCUGCAAACUGCUGCCUGAUCCCGAAGAGGAAGCACAGCUGAAAAGGUUUAACAGAGACCGUAGUUUGCUAAGAGAGCCAGACCUCUUCAUGCUCUUACUGAUAGAAGUACGAAAUGUUCGCCUGCGUCUGGACGUCAUGAUCCUGCAGCAGGAGUUCGACCCCGCAGUGACCUCUCUGUGUGUGGCGGCCAGAUGUCUGGGGGAGGCAGCUCGAGAGCUGCUGAAUUGCCACAAGCUUCACUCCAUCUUGCGCCUGGUGCUGAGGGCAGGGAACUACAUGAAUGCUGGAGGUUAUGCAGGGAACGCGGCCGGCUUCAGGAUCGCCUCACUGCUCAAACUGGCCGACACCAAAGCCAACAAACCAGGCGUGGAUCUCCUACAUUUUGUCGCCAUGGAGGCUGUGAAGAAAGAUGAGGAUCUACUGACGUUUCCCAGCCAGCUGAGUCAUGUCAGUAGAGCGUCAAGGCUCUCAGAGGAGACGGUGCUGGAGGAUCUGUCCCGCUUACACAGUAGAAUAGAGACACUGCAAAUCAGCGUGCAGACAGAUUCAGAGAUUGAACAGCAGAUGAGACCUUUCCUUGAGACUGCAAAAGUGAGGCUGAUGGAAGCCGAGGAAGAGGUGGAAAGUUUGCGUAAGACCAGCCAGGCCUUGGUAGAAUUCUUCUGUGAAGAUGAAAGCUCCUUCAAGCUGGAGGAGGCCUGUCGCAUCUUUCACUGCUUCUGCCAGCGCUUCCAAAGAGCUGUGCAGGAGAAUGCUGAGCGUGAGCUGCAGGAGCAGAGGCGUGCAGAGCGACAGCGGGAGAACCUGGAGAAGCGGCGCUCACUGGCGGUCUGUAGCGGCUCUGAGCUUGACGACCUGGAGCGCACGCUUGAGAGAAACCUGAGUUACACCUGGAGCCGCCGCAGCCUCCGCCGACAGCCACAGCGCUUUCUCAGCUUUCAGGACAAGUGCUCGGACCCCAGUUCCCUUCAGAGCAAAGACCUCCAACAGCCCCUCAAUUCAGAGGAAAACAGUAAAAAUUCCCAGCUUAGGAGACAUUCGUUGAAGGAAUGUGUUAAUUCCACAAGCGGUUUAAAUGGAAUUAAAAUGGACAUUCCUAUGCUAGAGGAAUGUGUGUUGCAAACAGACGUUGACAGAAAUACGGCAGCUAUGCCACACACUAUUGUUACAAUACAGCAAGGUAGGGAGAUGAACACGUCACCAGUCAUGGGACUAAACUCUAACAAGGUAAUGAAUGUUGAAACACAGGUUAACAAAGCUUCUGGAAGGGUAACGCAUGUAAAGACGGACACAGUUGCAGAAACAAACUGUAUUAAAGCUAGCACCCAGGAACUGCUAUCUGACACAGUGGCUAUUCAGGCUAAUGCCGAGAUCUCACAGGGAUCCUGCCAUCUAGAAAUCUCACCUCAAUUGGCGCAGGAAGCUGGGCCAGUCAGCCCAGAGAGAGAGCGACUGUACCCACGGGUGGGUGAGACCUUGGAAUGCCACACUCUUGUGAAGGGUCUGCGUUCAUAUGAAGCUCUUUCGUCCACUGGACAACGGGCAGCACCAAGCCACUGCUCAAAAUGGAAAAAAGAGCUGGAGGCUGAAGAGAGAGAUGGUGCGAGCUUGCCCCAAUCUAAGGAAGACCUGCGUACUUCCAAAACACCCAACAAAAGUCCCUCCAAAAGGGGAUUGACCUCACAAAUCGGGCCUUGUAACAGCUCUGGCAUUCCAAAAGCACGUCCCAAGCCAGAGGCAAGCUCGGCUGAGGGACCAGCAACACCUCGUGGAUCGCGUUUAACUUCUUCACGCUCUGUCUCCAUGCGCUCGUCACCAGUCAUGCGGCCCAGCAAUAUCCAAGUUGAGUUGAAGCGCAGCAUCAGCACGAGGGAUAAAGCAAGUGCCCAGUCUGACACAUUGGUGAAGCAGAACUGCCAACCUGCUGAAAAACCCAGCUCGGAGAACAAGAAGACACUUCCCAGCAGUCACCAGCCGUUAGUUAGGGGUUCGCCAUUGCGCGUUUCAAAGCGGUUCGCGCCGCAUUCAGAAUCCCAGAGCCCAUGUCAGACUCGCACCAUCCAUAGUCCAACUACAGCUACUAACACAAAGGCCAUCCGGACUGCAGUCAUCAAUGCAGCCAAAGCCAAAUCAGCCAAGAAUGCAGACACAGCGUCCUCUAAGACAACAUCAGGCACAAGGACAGCUGGCCCUAAAAUCCCACGACCUGCCACUCAGCCCAUGUGGAGAUGAUGUUUGACCUCCUAAUACUGACUGAUGGACCUCUGGACACGUCUGUGUCUGUUUGUGUCUGUAAGGUGAUUUUAAGGUCAUUGUGUAUGCAGGUAUUUGUACUAAAAGCAAGAGGGAUUGAAUGAACCUGUGUUGGCUGGACUGAAGUGACUCCAGUGUGGUUUUUUUUUUUUUUUUUUUUCCCUCUAAACCGUCAAUUCAGUCCUGUCCCCUAGCUCUGUCUGUCCAAAAUGCCAUUCAAUAAAGGAACCAUUCAUUCUGUUUGCUCGGUAGGGCCUGAGACCAGGGCAUGGAAAAGGAUCCUUAGGAGGAUAGCCACUCCUCUCAGAGUCUUCCACUGAAUCAGGUGUCCCUAUGUGAUUUGUCCUCACUUUUCAGCAGGGUGACUGUUAAUGAUAGAGAAACAAUCCACAGAGCUGGAUACAGAACUGCCUUUAGCUUGCCCACUACCUCUGAACACUGGCGUGCUCUGUGCAGGCUACAGAGCGCCUCUGGAGAGAAAUCAAAAAGGAGUUACUGCUAGAACAUUGUUGUAAGGGCUAUAAUUUUGGACCAGAACAUAUUUGUUGUUCUUAGCUUUGACCGUCUUCAUGUCUUGCUUUAGUUUUCAGUGCAUCACGUGGCAUUAAAUGUAAAUGCUGAACAGAUAGUACGAGACACGGCACUGUGGUGCAAGGACCUAAAUCUGAUAACUCCCUUUUUUUUUUUUUUUUUUUAAAUUAUGCUAGUCUACCUAAAUAGGUAGAUUCUACAUUCUGCCCAAUGGUCCUUACACCAGGUCAGAGCAACUUUAGUUCACAUUAGGUACCGAGUCAUUCAUUGUAAGAUGAAAAUCUUUUCAUAGCCUAUGUGAAGGUAUAUGUGUAGGUCUUAAUUCAGUCCCAAAGCAACAUAAGAGAUAAUGCCUUGUAUGAUUUACUGCCUCUGUUGGACAGAGGUGUGUGAAAUGCUGUCUAUUGGUAUGGGGCUUGGCCUUUUUUUUUUUUUACUUUUUCCUCAACCUGAUGCACUUUAAGAGACCUGAGAGAUUAAUAAUGAAGUUUUUUUUUGUGUGUGUGUUGAAGAAAUGUGUUGAAACAUUUGAAAUUAUCUAUUGUAUUAUUUGUAUUUGUAAAGAUAAAAAUAUGAAAUAAAGAUGAAAAUGACUA